GCCGCCUGAUGACGCGCGGCCGCUCCGUGACGCGGGGCCUUCCCCAGCCGCGCCCACCGUCCCGAAACCGGCAGGAUUCUCCCCGAAACCGGCAGGAUUCUCCCCRAAASCAGCAUCCCACACUCGCAGCGGGCGGGCGGCAGGAACAUGGCAGCAGGCACACACCCAGCCCGGGGCGCUGCCCGCUGCGGCCGCCCGCACACAGACCGGCCGUGGUGACGCCUCCCCGCCCCGGUGGCGGCGAUGGAAGCUGCCGGCCGGRAUAGCGCCGAGGGAGGGAGAGGCGGACCGGGUGAUUUCGUGUCCGUGCUUCCUCUGGAGGUCAGCUCCAGGAUUUUUAGCGGGCUGGAUGUGGAGAGCUUGUGCCACGCGUCCGUGACUUGUAAAGGCUGGCACGGCGUCAUCGAGAGCAACGAGCGGCUGUGGCGGCACCACUGCCUGGCCGUGCGCGCCGUGUGCCAGCGGGAGAUCGACUGCGACCGAGGGAACGGCUAUUCCUGGAAGAUCACSUUGUUGAGAAACUAUUGGAAAAGCAAAGUGAAGCAAGAAUGGCUGAGUGGGAAAUACAGCAACAUUGCUUCACAACUCAACUUGCCAGAGAAAAGCAUGUAUCCAAUGGAUGUCGACACAUGGGGAGAAAUCUUGGAAGCAGAACUUGAGAGAUGAGAAGCCAGUGCUGAUUCUUGCAACUCAAAAACCUUUUGCCAAUAACACACAMUUGUUUGGCAGUUGUGAAACUGAUUUUGAAUGAUUUUGGACUGAUUUUGAAUUUAUGAUGAAAGCCUCUCAAAAAAAAAUUAUGGGUGUCUUUUUAAAUUCACUUUAUUAAUUUUAUGUGCAAUUCUAAAGACAACUAAGUUUUCAGUUGUAAUUUAUAUUUAUAAAUUUUAUGUUCUGCUGUACUGUCAAAAAUUGCUUAUAUUUUCAGUUUGCASUGUCAAAAAUUGCUUAUAUUUUCAGUUUGCACUUUAUGUUUUGGAAGAGGUGAUUUUUAUUUUAAAAAAAUAAAGGUAUGUUUGACUUUUGGACAUGAAGUGUAUCGUAUCAGCCACACACGAGAGCCCACAGAGGAAGUCUGGGGAAGGGAUAAAUCCAGAUGCUGGAAAGAAGAGGACAAGGUGGCCACCUCAGGAUCAGCUGAACAUUCCCAGUGC